AGGUUACGGCAUUUUGUCCUUUCAUAAACUUCGAAUUCGUAUUUUUCGAUAUGUGGAAAUAUUAAAUCAUCGUCGAGAAGUUGAAGAAGUGCCCAUGAUUGAUUUGAACUGACAGAAGAACGGACGAGAAUUGGAGCGCUGAUUGCGCAGGGAAGGAUUGUGCCUUUCCCUUUAAAUAAAGCCUAUCGCCGAUAGUUCAUUCCCUCUUCCGCUUUGCCGCGGCCCUGGAGCGCCACCCGGGAGAAAAUAUGGCUCUGUGUGCCUCGGGCAACUUUCUUGUGGCCCUGCUGCACCUGCUCCUGCUCAACUCGGCCAGUUUUUCCGUCGCCGUCAACAUCAAAGGGUCCUCCAUCUUCACGACCUACGAAGCAGCUCCUGCGCCGGAUCAUGCUCUGACCAGGAACGAUGAAACGAUAAAGCCGAUUCAACAGUCCAGCUUCGAUGAUUCGGAAUCGACGGGACGAGACCACCAUGAUGAAAACACGUCGUUCCUCUCGCAGAUGGAGCAGCACCAGGAGCAGCAAAAAUUCGUUCGCCGGUUUAAGCAGUUCUUGGACACGCUUCGGCGUGUAUGGACAUCUUCAAACGGGACCGCCGCGUCAAAGCUCCCACCCCUGCCGGGCUUCAGUAACAAUAAAACCACGGUAGGGGAUAUCAAAAGAAAAAAGCGUGGCUACAGUUGUUACACAUUUGAUUUUGUAAAAACUUCAGCAACACAAGUUCAUUUCUCUGCUUGACGAGAAGGACAACUUGCAAUGCGCAAACCAUAUUGAGGGAAAUGAACUCGAUGAAAUGAAACAGAAACUCGGAGCAAUUUCUGGCAUGACAAAGGUUGUCUGUCAUGCUGGGCUCGCAACACAAUGCGUAUAGAACUGUAACACCUUUUUCGCGUGAUACGAGAUGUGGCCUUCUCGAAGGUGGACGAGGACAUCGACGACGAGGAUCUGCCUAUCCUGUGCAAAAGUAUCGUACUCGUAGUCGUGCAGCAAUCAUGCACUACAAAUCUUUUUUUGAAUGGAAAUCAGCAUUACAAAUUCUAUUUCUCAUGCUGAGGAUGAUGCUGAAAUUUGCAAUGCAUUUAUGCGAGUACGAUAGCGAUACUUUUGCAAUUCAUUCUACCGGUGGAGGACUUAUUGGAAGUAGGGCGCCUGCUGUAUGCGUUGCAAAUUAAUAUGAUGUCAUCUGGGUCUGGAAUAAUGUAUAAGCUUGUGAUGUUGCUAAGUGAGUGGCGAUCAUUGAACAUCAACAUACUCCUGAGUCGUGCAGCCAAGCAUGACAGAUGUAGUUCCGGGCACGACUUCCUCAUGCGUAAAUUCGCGUUAAGAACUGCGCAUGCGCAUGACAAUCAAAAAACGGGUCCUUACUUUGUCGCGUUGGUCAUGCAAUACAGAUUGGUCGUAAAGUCAAAGUGGAUGAUAGUGGAGGUUGAGGGGUAAUAGAAUAGGUCAUGUAAUACAGUUACAGAUUUUACAUUGAAUUAUUCAAGACAGCACGCAUGACGAGUUUUCCACUCUCCCAGUAAACCCAUCGAUGACAUAUUUGCAUUUGACAUGCUGCCGGAUGCGGAUCCCGAUCCGACGGACAAAGGCUACACCAUGAUGAACACACCAACGACUUUGAACGGUUUGGGUGGCGACACUUUCGCGGACGGCGGGCCGCAUGGAGAAAACGACGUGGAAGUUCAUCAUGACCUUGAUGUUGAGACGUCGUCGCGCCUCCACGUGCCCUCGAACAUUAAAGGCACGAGCUUUCUGGUGCGAAAAACGGGCAUCAAGCGCCGGGUACAACUAUUGUCGUCAGCCAGAGGCGGUUUGCUGGGGAAGGUUGCCAACAGCUUCGACCGGGCGCGCAACGCCACCGUGUCCGCGUACCGCAAGUUCAAGGGCGGUGUCGCGAGCAUCAAGUCGCGAUUUUCCGUAUCAAAUGUAAAAAUGUCUGGGUCUGGAAGAAUGCGCGAUUUGUCAUGCUGCUUUUCCAUGACCCAUGAGGUCUGGAAUGCAGGACCUAGCAUGACAGAUUCUGCGAGACCUUUCUAAUGCCUAUCCUUCAUGAGAAACUACCUCCAGACUUGGUCAAAACUGGACGACUUUUGGUAAUCAUGCAACACAGAUUUUUGCAUGCUGCAGAUUUAGCAUGACAAGUUGCAAUCUUCCAGACCACCCAGACACUUUUACAUUUGAUAUGCCGCGAAGUUCAAGGGAGGUUGUCACCGGUGCCGCCAGGUGUAUCCUGAGUAAAAACGUACCCAUACCAGAGUCAGGAUGGGGAUUUUGCAACACAAACCUAGGAGUUUUGUGAGUCACGCAUGACAAGUUGCACUCUGCAGUAUAGUGCAGGUUAGCAAGUGCAGCCGCGUCACAGAUUCAUCUGCUCAUCCUGUUCACAGCAUCAGAAAUUCCAAAGCACAAUUGGAAAUGGCUCUCAUGCGGAUGCGCAUUACAAGUCUUCCUGUCUUUGCAAAUCUGCAUUACAACUCUGGCGUGGGUACGUUUUUACUCAGGAUAAGGUGCGCAUGCUGUUCGCUGGCACUGCGUUUGGCCAGCAUUUCGGGCGGAAGUACUUGGGCUACCUGAUGGCGUACGUCGCCAUGGGGGUCGCGUCUUCUUUUGGAAGCGUGUUGAUCCUCCGAAACUUGCUGCACCUGCAGGGAUUGGUGUUCUCUGCGGCUGCCAAGGGAGGCUUCGCCGUUGCAGGCACAGCAGGCUGGACGGUGCUGACCUGGCCGGUGCUGCAGAGCGUUGCACUGCCACUGUUGGGGGGCGUUUUGCUCUUCAUCAUUUGCGACCAGGCGCGCCAGACCAUGCUAACCUGGGUUCAGACUAAUGUGAAACUUCAAUUGAUUAAUUCAAGAAAAAACAUUAUCACAAUUACUUUUGCACAUUUCUUGUUGGACUUUGAACACACCUGCCACACUGAGUGACUAAAGCUUCGCCGCGCGGGGUUCUUCUAAUCAAUUCCAGCGCUUCAAUCUCACAGCAGACAGGGCGAAAGCCUCUGGCUGCGUGCGUUGCAUCCUGUUCCAAUUCAUCGCAUGGGAUGAGCCUGAUCCUGGUCAGAGUCAAGGGGCUAAACAGCACGGGACUACCUCCCUCAAUGCUGUCGGCUAGGUGCUCGAUCCUGGUGGGAGUCACCCCCCUCAGGAUGGUCAUUCUGAACGUCUAGACCGAGCGGACUCCCUUCAUUUCGCUGCGAUCGCGAUGGCUUUGCCUUCGUAGUAAGUUAGGGGAUCCGCGUCAGGGAUCUGGCCAGUUCAGGCCAUUUAGGUCAGCCAUUUCAAUAGGAGCAGGCAUCUCAGACCAUCCCGAGAAGCUUCAGGCAUGUCUGUGGGGCGAGGGCUCUGAUCACAUGGCCAACGUUUUUGCAUAUACGAAAACUCUUGGCAUGCGCAAAAAUGCAUCUUCACAGCCAAAAGCUAUGGGCGAUUUAUUCCCUUUGUGAUAAUUUUGCAAUGCAAUAAAAUAUCUGUCAUGCGAGAGGGCAAGUUUCUGAUGCAAGAAAACCGCCUAAAUGUGAUUCUGGUUGUGUUUUUUUCUUGGAUAUUGAUUGAAAAAGUCUCCAGCCUAGCCACCGGACCCGAGAGCCGGCUUCUCACGGGGGACGCCGCGGUGGCGCUGCAGCAAAUUCCCGGGAUGGUCUCCAUGUUGUUCGACUACAUACCUGCGAUCGCCACGCACGGUGCCAGCAUGCUCUUCGUCUUCGGGGCCACCUGGGCGACGGGCGGCACCGCAGCGGCCAUGUUUCCCCUCGUCGUGAUGGUCGUGCAGGUGCUGCUGACCGUGCAUUGGCCCAUCCUGGAUGACAAAAUUGGGGCAAUUCGCGGGGAGCUGGGUCGGGCGCAAGAGAUGGCGCAGGAGUAUCGUGCGCAGCUUGGAAGCCCGGAAAAGUUGAACGACUAUCGCGAGAAUGCACAGAUCGGAAAGAAUCUUGUGGAACUGAACCAGGAAACGGAGCAGCAAGUUCUGCGAAUUGAACGCAAACUGCAAAAGUUUCUCUUCGUGAAAAAGACGCUGGGAGCCAUCAGUGGGGUGAUGGCCAUGCCGAUGCUCGUGGCUUCCAUGAUGUACGGCGCUUUGACGGGACAAGACGUGACGGCGGCCUAUUCCUAUCAAAUGUAAAAAUGUCUGGGUCUGGAAGAUUCCGGGAUUUGUGAUGCAUAUUUUGUAUGAUCCAUGACUCAUGUAAUGCAUGAUCUAGCAUCACAGAUUUUUAGAUGGCUUCCUGAUUCCUAUUUCGCAUGACAAAUGCCCUCUCCGCGUAACACAAACUGGACCCCUGUUGCUGGUCACGCAAUACAGAUUUUUUUGGGAUCCAACGACAGCAUGACAAGUUGUAACUUUCCAGACCCAGACAUUUUUACAAUCCAUAAUUCCGGGGCGCAAGCGAUUCAGGGGAUCACCGGGGAGCUGAUGGGCGCUACCGGGAAUAUCCAGGCCGCGACCUACAACCCACUGCUGGCAAAGUUUAUGAAUUUGAUCUCCUUGUUAUCCAAGAAAAAAAGUGUGUAAGUGUAAUUUUUUUGCAGGGACAGCAUCACAGAUUUGUUUUGCAUGACAGAGAAAACCUGCCAUGCGUAAGCUAGUACACGAAAACAUGUAGGAAAAUAGCCUCUGACGCAUAUCCAGCAAGACAAGUGUAGCUGUAUUGCAACGUCUGCAAGACAAAGUUACACUUACACAGUUUUUUCCUUGCAAACUUGUCCACGCGGGGCGAGAACGCCACGCACCCGCUCUGGAUUUCGACGGACCGGUAUCAAAGUGAAAAAUCCCCCCUCCCCAUAUCAUCAAAAUGUUGGGAACUUGUCAUGCUGAUUUGUGGGCACAAAUCGCCUUCGUCUUGCCUAUAGGGGAGUGGGACGAGCCUUGUUGUGGCGCAUUCUGCAGCCAGUCUGUCGUGCACUUUCGACUACUGCAAACCUGUUUGCAGCCAUGCCGAACUGCUAGUAGCCUUAUGCAUACAACUCGAACAGGCUUGGAAAAUACAGCCAGGUACCUUCUGCUUCUGCAAGACCAAGCUGAUUUGUGACCACAAAGAAUGAGCAUCACAGAUAUGGGGAGCAGGGAUUUUUCCUCACAAUAUCCGGACCCGGGAUCGGGUCAGUUUCGAAAUGGAGCGGGUGAACCUCAUAAGCGGCGUAUGAGGGUGCACAACUGCUCCGCCUACCCGUCAUUUGUAUGUUGGCAUGAACAGCAAUACAAACACCAGCACGCGUGGAGCCUCCGCAUGACAAAUUUAUGUGCCUGAUGUAGUACUACUGUUUGGGCUUCCGGAAUCUGUAGUCAUGCAAACAGUGCCACAGACAGGGCAGCGACUGGAUCAUUUGGGGUUUUGCAUGACAGAUGAGGGGCGACAAGGGAGCAGGUUGCGCACUGUCAUACGCGGGCGACAUCGGAAAAGGCACACAGCAAUAUUUGUGGCCGGUGCGAUGUGCUGCGAACAACAAGAAUUGCACGGGGGGGCAGACCCUGCAGUUCCCUGCCGGGUCGAUCACGCACCUCACGGCGCCCUCGGGCCAGGGGAAAAGCGUCCUGAUGAAGUUGGUGUCAGCGUUCCCCGAACCGAGUCUGGGGAAGCGCACGAUCCGCUGGAAUGGCGUCCCCAUCGCGGAAAACACGGGCGAGAAAAAGCGCGCAGUGGACCCCGAAAACGACCGGGACAUUGCCAUGAUCCGCCUGCAGCGGCACUACCAGCUGGUGACCUCCAACACGCCAUUGCCAGGCCGGAGUAUCCGCCAGCAGUUGUUGGGGGGAAACCCAAAUAAGUUGACGGACGAGGACCUCAAGCUGGUGGCCAGGGUUACCCUGAUGUACGACAAGCUGUUGCAGCACGGGAAGGGCCUGUUUGGGCCCGCCAACCGCAACUACUCAGAGGCUGCCACGUGGGACGAGGGCUUCGAAAAGAACCAUGAGUCCUUCUUCAACUUUACCGAAAUCCUGGACGCGGUCCCCAAAGAGACCGGGACGACAUACCAAUCUACAACUUUACCGGUCAUCAACCUCUCGGACGGGGAGCGCGUGCGGUACCGCCUCACCUAUGCAUUGCAAAAGUAGUAUCGUACUAGUAUAAAUUGCAUUACAAAUUUUCUCAGCAUGGCAAAUUGAAUUUGUCAUGCAGUUUUACCUUGGAAAGGAGAUCUGUAAUGCAUGACUGCAAUUACUACGACUGCGAUAUUACUGUUGCACAGGAUAUCACCUUCGCCCUGGCGAUGCGGCCCCGGUUGCUGCUGCUGGACGAGGCCACCAAGGGCCUGGACCCGACAAGUCACCCCCUAUGAACUGCAAAAGUAUCGUACUCGUAUAAAUGCAUUACAAAUUUCCUCAGCAUGAGAUAAUGCGGAUUUACCAUAAUACAUAAUGCAUGACUGCAAUACGAGUGCGAUACUUUUGCACAGGAUACCCCCUUGUGGUUCGCAACGUGAUGUGUUUCGCGGCCGUCUACGGUAUAACCGUGAUCUUCACCACGCACGAGGCGAACGUGUUCGGGGAGUCCCUCUUCGGCGACCCGCAAGCCUUUACAAUGCUGAGCGACAACCCCGGGUGCCAUAUUAUGGCGUUCUCGACUGUUCCAUUCGCAAUUGUUACAUGGAUUUGUGACGUAAGAAUGGGAAAGCAAGUGUGUGAAAGGGGGGAGAUUGCGCCUGUAGCAUUACAAAUUCCGCACAGAUUUAGGUGUUGUUUGGCCCUAGGCAAAUUUGUCACGCGAAGCAGCUUGAUCGCGUGGACGAUGAAUUCAUGUAACAGUUGAGAAUGUAGCGCUUGGGAACCUCAUACAUGUCGACCUGACGGACGGCGGCUGUGCCGUCGACCCAGAAGAAGUGGCAGAUGCAUAUGAAGGCGACCCGUUGCAAGAAAGAUGCCCCCCCGGGAAGAAGAUUCCUCCGUUCCCGAGAACGAUUGGGGAGCUGUGUGCGGGGACCCCCCUGGCGACCCAGGUCGAGGGAGGCCUGUAUUGAAAGGAAAAACUCGCCCUCCCCAUAUUGAAAAGGCAUGUGUCCGAAGAUUUGCGUUGCUGAUUUGAUGCGGUCACGAAUCACCUUUGUCUUGCAAGAAGACAAGGGCAGACGCAGAAGCUUGCGCCCUUUGAAGCGAUUUUCCAUGCUAUUGGGCCCAAAGAGCAGCCGUUUGCAAUGCUGAGCAACUAGACCCAAACGCCCCUACCUAGAUUGGGGAGCUGGCCGCAAUCGUCCCUUCCUGCAAUACAAAGCUGAUUUGUGUCCACAGAUCCAGCGUCAGAAGUUCCGCCUUGAUAUGGGGAGGGGGGACGUUUCCCUUCGAUAACCCGGACGCGAAGUUUUCCGCCCACGUGGCAACGCUUCGCGAGGAACGUCUUGGCACCGGCGGCCCUGGGAGCUCGGAGAACUCCGGCGCCACCGUAUGGAAGCGUCAGGUUUGAAAUCGACAAAGUUGAAAUGAUUUGCCAUGCAUAAAAUGGAUACCAGUCGGAAACCCAAUUUCCAAGCGGCGCAUGACAAAUUUAGGUAGAACCUAAAUCCAGUUAGUCAUGCUGUUUGGUUAAGGGCGACGUCAUUUGUCAUGCUACUUUAGCAGUUCUAUUUCUACCCCUCAACAGGCUUACAAUCUGCCUCCCUUGCAUCCUCUGCAAUAGAGACAAUGUCUGCGUUGCAUUUUACGCAUCACAAACUAUUUCAACUUUGACGAUUUCAAUCCUGACACAUCCAUACGCCGAGUCGUUGAAGUUGUCCGAGCAGUUCGCGCCGGAAGUCUUCCUAUGAAAAAAUGCAAAUAUGUCUGGGUCUGGAACGCGUUGGAACACUUGUCAUGCAAGUUUUCCAUGAGCACCCAUGAGGUCUGGAAUGCAAGAAGAGUUAGCAUGACAGAUUCUACUUUGAGGUCUCUAUCAUGCCCUUCCUGCAUGAAAAACUCCCUCUCAACUUGGUCAAACGCGGACAGCUUUCGGUUGUACUCACGCAAGAACACAGAUUUUUGCAUCAUUCAGAUUUAGUGCGACAAGCUUGCUGCAGUGUUCCACACUCAGAUCUAUAUUUGCAUUUGAUACUUCCAGUACAAACUGGCAACCAAGUAGCCCAGGAAAAAACUGUUUCACUGUGAUGACUUUGCACGGUCUGCAUCACAAGUUUGCUACACAUGACACUGAAAAUUUGUCAUGCGCUCUUCCCACGGGAAAACUACACGCUUGAAAAUCCAAUGCCUUGCAGGUGUAGCAAGACAAAGAGUUCUGUGUGCCAUUUCCUGCAUCACAAGUUCACAGUGAAACAGUUUUUUCUUGCGAUACCAAGGGCGAUCUGCCCAAGCCCCGACCAUGUCCGAACCCAUCCCGAUUCAUGAAGACCGUGACUCUGGACACAUAUGGCGUUCUCAAAUCGGUUACCUUCUCAACUGUUGCAUGAUUUGUCAUGCAAAUUUACCAUGAGCCGCCAGACGAUCAAGCUGAUGAAGCUCCGGCGCGUGGCAAAAAAUUCCCGAAGGGCUAAACAAUUUGCCUAAAUUAUCAGUGCCAAAUUUAUUGUGAUGCGAGAGUUGCAACAGCUUGUUCCUUUCACUAUUGCGGUUCUUGCAUCACAAGUCCAUGUAGCAGCUGAGAAUGUACUAACAGUUGAGAACGCCAUAAGACAGGCAAAGUGGUGGCGUACCCGGAGGACGUGUAAAAUUUUAUUUCAA